GUGUCCGCUAGUAAAUAAUCAGCGGAUUAACUUCCGCGUCUGUGUGCGCGCGUGCCUGCCGGUACUUCCGCAUCACGUGACUGGUCUCCACUCUGGACUGUGCUUGCUUUAGCGACACACAACAAUGCGAACAUUUCCCGACGAAUUAUCUACUCUCCUUUCAGACCUGGAGGUUUUCCUCUGUGAUGGCCUGAAAGGUGAAAACCUGAGCAAGAAGGCAAAAGAAAAGAGAGAAGCCUUCAUUAAACGUAUAAAAGAGGUUAAACUGGGCUUUCCACAUGAUUUCAAGGAUAAAGCAGGUGGAGAUGACUCGGGUGACGAUGAGGAGGAGGUGGACAGCAGCAACAACGAUGGCGGCUCCCUGCAGUCCGAGCGCACAGACAGGGAGGAAGAGACUUCUGAGGGAUGCCAUCAGUCUCCACCAGUGGCGGCGCAAGACCUGCAGUCUGUCCUUAUGUCAGGAUACCUCGAGAAACGCAGGAAGGAUCACAGUUUUUUCGGCCAGGAGUGGCAGAAGAGAUGGUGCGCCCUUAGCUAUCGCACCUUCUACUAUUACGGUCAUGAGAAAGACAAGCAGCAGAAAGGUGAGUUUGGCAUCGAUGGCUACAAUGUCAAAAUGAACAACGGCUUGCGCAAAGACUCCAAGAAGGACUUUUGUUUUGAAAUCUCCGCUCCAGGCAAGAGAGACUAUCAGUUCUGUGCGUCAUCAGCCAAAGAGGCAAAGGAGUGGGUGAAAUGCAUAGACCUCAUUUUAAAAGACAUGUCUGGUAUCAUCCAAGAAGAGGAGGAGGAGGAGGAAGAAUAUAAAGUGGAAAAUGAUGAGGAACAACUCAUGUACGAUGAUGUUGGACUUGCACCUGAUACUGACAUCUAUGAGGUGCUCCCAGAGACAAGCACAGACUACCAGAACUACUACCAAGGCUUAUGGGACUGCGUAGGGGACCACCCGGAUGAACUGUCUUUCAAACGCGGAGACGCCAUUUACAUACUGAGCAAGGAAUACCAGAACUACGGUUGGUGGGUUGGAGAGAAGAAUGGAAAUAUUGGAAUCGUGCCUAAAGACUACCUGCUGGAGCUCUACGCUUUAUAAAUGCAAGUUGGUUCAGUUUAAAAACAUGCUUAUCAACAUAAAGUCCACUUUGAUCCAAUGCUGUUGCACCAAAAUAUGCUUCUUUUUCUCGUGUAUUUUCUACUAAAAUGUAUUUUGUUAAAAAAAUAGCCCUGAUAAAAUAAAAGUAGAGAAAUGUGUUUUUAGCAUGA